GCGCGAGCGGCGGCGCGGGCGAGCCGAUGAACGUGGGCUUCUUCGCGGUGCGGCCGCACGCGCGGCUGCUGCGGGCCGCGGCGGAGUUCUGGGCCGAGAACCUCACCUUCGAUUGGAAGGACGGCUGGGACCACAUCGGCUUCGCUCCUGUGGACAAUAAGUUUGUGGGGGCGGAGUGCGGCCAGGCUCCGCGGCCCGGGCCGGCCGUGGGCAAAGGGAGACCAGCGCAGCGGAUCGGGAUGGCCUCGCUCGGCAUCCCCGCAUGGCUGCAUCUCCUGGCGGCGCCACUGCAGCUUGCCCAGGCCACCGCGCCGAUUCGGAGCGCCUUGUGCCUGGCCCAGCUCCGGAGCCACAGUCUCGUCCGGCUCGCCUCCAGCAGGCAGGCGGAGCAGUGCUACGGGAAGUUCCAGGGCUUGGCGGUGGACGAGGGCAGCGGCGUCGGGGCGCGGGUCUCCACCGCGUCUGUGGGCGAGUGCCAGGCGGCCUGCGAUGCCCAGGAGCGGUGCAGCAGUUUCAGUCUCUGCCCGCAGUGGGGCGGUUGCUGGCUCAAAGACAAGAGCUUCUCGGGCAGCGAGGCCAGCAGGGACGACAGCGGGUGCACGACCUUCUACAGGACGUCGUGUGGCCCCACCGCCACACCCACGCCCGAGCCCACGAUGGGCUCAGAGGACUGCUACGGGGAGCUAGAUGGCCUAGCGGUCGAGGAGGGAAACGAUGUGGGCUAUGUGAACUACGUGUUUACCACAUCGCCCAUCGAGUGCAGGGCGGGAUGCUCAGCAAACGCGAAUUGCAUGAGUGUGAGUUUCUGCCCGCAAUGGAACGGUUGCUGGCUCAAAGACAAGAGCUUCUCGGGCAGCGAGCCCACCAAGGACUACUAUGGGUGCACGACCAUCUACAGGCGCUCCUGCAGCCCCACACCGGCGCCCACACCGUCGCCGGUGACCGGGCCAGGGCCAGGGCGGGUGCCGUACUGCGGCAUCGCAGUGGACGUCUACACCUGCCGCGGAGAGGUCGCGCGCCUCGAGGCGAUGGACCCCGCGGUGGGGAGCAGCUUCGAGCGCAUGUGCAUGGGCUACGGGGGUACCCACCCCCAGUCUUGGCAGGGCCUCGCCGCCGAGGACAGAGACAUGUGCACCCUGAAUAUCAACAACGACUGCAGCCACUGGUACCAGGACUCGGGAGGGGCGUGGCGGUGCGCCCGGGACUUCGGGCUCGGCAAGAGCCCGGAGGAGUGCCGCGGCCGCUACCUCUUCUUGUGGGACGAGCCCGCGACGCAGGGGCUCACCGCCGAAUGGGCGGCAGACCAAUGGAAGAGGGGAACACACGUGGACAGGUGGGCCCCAGAGAUGGCGGCCCUGCGCGCGCGCGGCACGCGGGUCACCAGCCCGCUGUUCACUGGCGGGGGGGCCCGGGACGAGCUGCGGCGGUUCUUGGCCCGCUGCGGCUCCGCCUGCAGCGACCCCGCCUCGGCGUACUACGUGGACGUGCUGGCGACGAACCAGUGGCUGCUGAGCCCGGCGAGCGCCCACGCCAGCCAGGAGGGAGACCUGGAUACGGAACGAGGUGGCCGCGAUGAGCCAGGCGCACGAAGGGCGGCCAGUCAUCCUGGGCAACUUCGCCUGGCUGGGGGGGACCUCAGGGGAGACCACGGCCGACCAGGCGGCGGAGGCGAUCGCGAGCAGCCGCAUCUGGGACAGGUCCUGGUCGGGGCUGGAGGCCGUCUUCUACUUCGCGGCGACCGACUUCGGCGGGGGCACGGCCCACCACCGCCUCGGGGACGUGACCAGCACGGGCUCCACGGUGGGCGCGGCGCUGCUGGACCGCUGCCGGGCCUACAACCAGCUGGCAUCCGAGCUCUGGCCGUUUCAGUCCAGGGCUACUUCCACACGUUCUUCUACAAGCAGCACGCCGCCUCGGUCCGGCGGGCGCUCGAGCGGGCGGGCCUCGCGCCGUGGGGGCCCGGCCCACCCACGCCCGACGGCAUGGUCGAGGCCUCCCAGGUCGACAGGUGCAUCUGGAACUACCAGCACGGCGUGGACUGCCCGCCCAUGUUCAACUGCAAGCGGGUGGUCGCGCACCAUAAGCCGAACCAGAAGCCCGAGGGCGCAGACUGCGGGAAGCGUUCCUGGAUGGUGCCUGCGGCGGAGGCGCCGCCUCCGACGCCCUCGCCGCGGGACCCGGCCCCGGAGCAAGCGUGCGAGAUGAGGACGGUGACGAUCGGGCAGAGCUGCAACUGCAGCUCGCCCACGUCCUUCCGGAAGGACGGUCGCUGCGCCCGGCUUCGUCAGGGCCUGCCAGCCGACGGCGAGGAGAACCCCAGCGGGGACUCGUUCUGCGUCUCCUCCGCGGGCGCGACCGUGACGGCCCUGCGCGCGGACGCGAAUCCAAUCGGCGCUUCCGCGCGGACGGUCCCGCCCAAACCCGAG